CGCCAUAUGCGACCGCAAUCCCCUCCAAGAUGACCACACGGCAGGCAGCGAAGCAUAUCAAACUCGCACAAGGGCUUCCGCCACGCCUAAUCCGGUUUUUCGAGCGAUUCCCUCCGCCACAACUCUUCGCUAACCAACCCUCCGCGGCUCCUCAACCUGCGAGCGUUGCAGCGGCGACCACAUCGCAAGACGCCAAUGUUUCCUCCGUAGAAGAUGCCGCGGCAACUGUAGCGACCGAAUCCACAUCCUUAUCUUCUACCCUCGAAUUGGGCUAUCACAAUCCAUUCCUGCCGCGCAAGAACUUCCGGACGGGAAAAUGGAUUGGUCCCGUGUAUGGACUGCGCAAACAGGCCGACCUGGUUAAGCUCGCAGAGAAACAUGGUGUGUUGGAUCUACUGCCCUACACGAUCAAGAAGCCCGGAGAGAAGGAGAAGAGGAGGAUAGAGCGCGGGUUGCAAGUCAGGGGUACGGGUGUGGGACAAAAGGUCAAGGGCAAGGUCUGGGAGAGGACACUGAAGGCCAGAUUGGAGCAGAGGCGGCAGGCUAUGAUAAACAUGCCGGCCUUGAUACAGGAAUGGAAGCAGAAAGGUCACGGUCGUGGAUGGAAGAAGUGGCCCAGUGGCAAGGCUGCUUAGUGCUGCCUCUCUUUGGUGCAACAUGGGGUUCAGUGGGGAGCGGCUUUGCUUCGUCCGCUGGAUUUGGUGGUGGGUUAUCUGUAUAUUCAGGAUUGUAAAGAAUUAUGGGACAGCAUAUUGACAUGGAGUUUGGGAUCAAGAACAAGCGUCGCUUUGUACCAUACCAAUCGGAAGCAUGAACCGGAUUGUUGUAUCAUUUAAACUUAUUAAGACCUUCAGGAAACC